GUUUUCAUGUGAAUCAUAUUGAUAUUUGAAAAAUACAAAUGCAAAUAUCUGCUUGAUUCACUUGUACUACUUAUACUUACUAAAUGACAAACAAUCCUUAAGAAAUCCACUGAAAGAGAAGAGAAAUGGGAGACACUGAAGAUAUCCAACUGAGACAAGACAUGGCUGACCCAGAAUAUAUCCAAUUGAGUGUUUCAGAUGAAAAUCAGCUGGAGGAACAAGACAGAACUGCCUCAGAAGCUUCACAAAAAAAUGACCGAGAAGAGAAACAAAACAACUGCAUGAAGAGACUGCGAUCCAUCUGCCUUGCCGUGCUGAUUGGAGUUCUGAUGAUGCUCCUCUGUGUUGUGGCCGGCUACCUCUUCAUCCAGAUGCUAAAACAGCAAAGUCUGACAGCUGAGUACCAGCACAUGGCAGAGGAGCUUCAGAUGGAGAACAGCCAACUGAUGCAACUCCUGAACUCCACUCCCCUCAACUCCAGCGAGCCGUCAGCUGAAGAGAGCAAGCUGAGCCUGUUCCUGAAGAAGACUUUGCAUGAAAAAGCCAAGGUGGAAAAGGAGAGGAAACAGUUGGCCACUCUUCUACAGUCAACCGAAGAGCGCUGCAACCAACUAGAAACACAGAUCGGUGUGCUGUACCACCAUCUGGAUGCAGCGCAGCGCGUCAUCACCAUGGCGUCUGCAGAGAGCGAUCAUUGGCGCCAGAUUUUUGAAAAUGAACAGCAAACCAACAUGCAGCUGGAAGAACUAAUUCAACGACAGGAAUCAAUCCUGUUCUCCAGCAAGCUGUCCUUCCUCUGGGGAUUCUGCAACAGGAGCACUCUGCAGUGUUCACGCUGCCUGUCCGGCUGGAUCGAGCACGCGUCCCGCUGCUUCUUCUUGUCCAAAGAGCCAGAGGAUUGGGAAAAUGCUCGCAGGCAGUGUCUCGACAUGGGGGCUGACAUGGCCGUGGUUCAGAAUGCCGCAGACCAGGCAUUCUUGACCAACAUGACAUUUAAUUUUGCGCAGCAGCACCCUGGAGAGGAGUUUCAUUCUGCGUGGAUCGGGUUGCACGACAUGGCGAUGGAGGGCCACUUCUUCUGGGUCACUGGCCAAAGAAUCCAUCCGUAUGUGACUUAUUGGAGGAGUGGUGAGCCAGACAACGGCUUGGCCUCCGAUGACAAAAGCCCAGAUGGACAGGACUGUGUUGCAAUUGUCCUUCCUACAAACAGUGAGAAGCAGGACUGGUUUAACUCAUGGGAUGACAUCAUUUGUGCUGGCAAACGGCACUUCCUGUGUGAAACCACACCUCUCAGUUUGGGAUGACAUGACGUGAAAAAGGGUGGAACUGCCAAAUCAGAACUUUUUCCACCAUGUAUAUAGUUUAUUUCUGCACUUUUAGUAAUUUUUUUAUAAUAUAUAUUCAACCUCC